UCGGCGUAAACUCAACAUAAACGUGCUCUUUCACUUUUUCUACGUUGCUGGCCUAUCAAUUUUGGAAUAGUAAAAACGCACGCGUGCUGACUAUUUUAUCAUUAAAAAAUUAACAAGUUGGAAUUUCAAGAUGAAAAUGUUCGCAUAUAGACUAGACGCCAUGAGUAACAAUAUGAUGAAAACCACAGCCUUCUAGCUUAUUUAGUUUCGUAGUUAUACCAGAAACAAAAAACUUUGGUUUUCUGGUCUAUCAACUUUGGUAUACACUGCAUAACUGAUCUGUAAGGGUUGUUGAAAAAAAUCACUAUAGCAGAAAACCGAUCAUAUAGUUUGAAAUGGAUCUUCAUCAGGUUUCGACGAGCACACUCUUAGCUACAAAAUGAGACAUCUCUCAACUUUCCACGUUCUCUCAUUCAAACAUCAUAAGAUCAACAAAAAGAGCAAAAAGUAACGCACAGACACGUUACGCGUAACGUCUAUGAAGUAAUAAGAUUUUUUUCCUAUAAAACCAGUGUUAUCACACUUUAGUUAAACAUAGUUUGUUUCAUUAGGUAAAACUCAUCGAAUUAAUACAAAAUAUAAAAAUGAUGAUACUAGAUGUUUUAGUAUUAAUGAUAAAUUAAAUAUAUCAACAUUGACAAGUUCAUUUUUAUCAUUUGAUAUGCUUAUGUCAAAUAAUCCUAGUCCAUCUAUAUAUUUAAAUAUAUCAAUUCAUGCACCAUUUGAAGAUUUAAAUCGUACACUAUUUUUAUUAUUUAUAUGUGGUGUUUUUAUUGAUUAUAAUAGUGGUCUAAUAUAUUCAUUAUCAAAAAUAAAAUCAUGGAAAUUUAUUAUUGAAAUACCAUAUUCUGAUAAAUUUAAAAUAAGUGUAAAAGAAAAUUUUGAACAAAUAUUACCUAUACUAUCUAUUAUUAAUCCAUUUAGUUUAGAAGAAGUAACAUCAGAUAAUUAUCCAUUAUUUAUUGGUGAACAAGAAGAAUUAGUUGCAAGAUUUUUAAAAGCAUUUGAAAAUCAUAAAAUAGAUAAUAUGAUGAAAAAUGAAAAACCAAUUAGUUUUGAACCAAUAACAAAUAGUGAUGAAGCAAGACAAUAUAUAUAUAAUUGUAUUAAUAAAAAUGCAUUCGAAUUACCUCAAAAUAAAUUAUAUGAAUUAUCUUUUACAAAAUUUUUAUAUCGUCGUAUAAGAUUUUUUACUGGUCAUUUUUAUUGUUUAAAUGAAACAAUAAAAAAUUUAGGUUCAACUGUAAUGAAACAAAUUAUGUUUAACUAA